GAAGAAACUUUUCACUCCUUCAGAAUUCGAAAAUUAUGUAGCAUUAUAUCCAAACAAUCAAAGGAAAAUGAACAACUUGCUCUUUCAACCUUGAACUGGUUUGGAUACAUUUUAUGAUGCGAAGGUAGCAAAAUGAAAGGCCUCAAAAAGUUCUUGUACCAAAAAAUGUCUGCCAGGAGCCCCACCAGAGAGGAAAGUUACACCGAAAAAGAUCCACUUCUGCGCCCGGAGAGAAACCAGCAAUCGACAAUCAGUGCCAGUGAUCCUAUCGAAGACGAGGUUUCGUCCUCCUCGGGAGGCCCUGAUGGCGUUCGGUCCUGGAUUGUAGGCCUGGCCCUCAUGACCAUCACCAUGCUCAUGAGUGGCCAGGCCAGGGUUGCCAGCAUCCUCUUCCUCGACUUCAGGAGGGUGUUCCAAGUGAAUCGCGAAGUGGCCUCGAGACCCUACAGCGUCAAGAUGGCUGGCAAGAAUCUGUGUGGUCCACUCGCUGGUAUCCUAGGACAGAAGUACGGAGUGAUGGCUGUAGUGAUGUCGGGGGGAAUAAUUUCUGCUAUCAGUUCGAUGUUGUGCUACUUUGUUAUGGACAUUUCGUGGAUUUACUUUUCUGUGGGGUUUUAUCGGCGGUAA